CCACCCUCCACCCCUUCUCGACUCGGCUCUGCAAAUCGAAGGCUUCCCGGAGCAGCCUAGGAGCGGCCGCGGGCGCAGCGAAGGCGACAGGAGGAGCGCAGCAGCCUUCGGGCAGCCACCGCGGCGUCGCUAGAGUAGCCGGGGAGGGGCCGCGGAGCCGGGCGCGCCCUCCACGCUAGGAGAGGGGAGAAGCCGGGGGCUGCAGCUGGGCAAGGGGGAGGAAAGUGCGUGUGCGUGCGCGCCUGUGUGCAAGGCAGAGAGUGCGGGGGGCGACAGUCUCGGCUUAGGGCGGAGCAGAGGGCAGGGGAACGGGGGUGCAGCUCCCCCGCCGUCCCCGAGGUUUUCCCGCGGCUGCCCCGGGCUUCCCAGCGCCCCUCACCAUGGACUUGCUCGGAGUUGGGACGGGCCUCAGUAGCAGCGAGCGGCUGGCUGCCGGGCCCUGGGGGAGCGCGGGCGCGCGCGCCGGGAUGGCGAGGUAGGAUGGCCACCCAGCGCGACCCCCGCCACCCCAACCCAGCGGCCCCUGGGCGGUGCCGCUGACUCGCCGGAGCGCACAGGGGUGUGGGCGGAGGCGGCCCCGCCGCGCCCGCGCCUUCGGGAGUCGCCUCGCCUCUUCCACCCACUUGCACCUGCCACCGCGCGGAUACCAUGUCGAAGGCGGCCGGAGGCGCGGCGGCGGCGGCGGCGGCGGAAAGUUGUUCCCCAGCCGCGGCCGGCUCGACCACAGCCGCGCCCGUGGAGGACCUGUCCAAAGUGUCAGACGAGGAGCUGCUGCAGUGGAGCAAGGAGGAGCUGAUCCGCAGCCUGCGGCGCGCCGAGGCGGAGAAGGUGAGCGCGAUGCUGGACCACAGCAACCUCAUCCGCGAGGUGAACCGCCGCCUGCAGCUGCACCUCGGCGAGAUCCGCGGCCUCAAGGAUAUCAACCAGAAACUCCAGGAGGACAACCAGGAACUGAGGGACCUCUGCUGUUUCCUGGAUGAUGACCGGCAGAAAGGCAAGAGGGUGUCCCGGGAGUGGCAGAGACUGGGUCGCUACACUGCCGGGGUGAUGCACAAGGAAGUGGCCUUAUACCUGCAGAAGCUGAAGGAGCUGGAGGUGAAGCAGGAGGAAGUGGUGAAGGAGAACAUGGAGCUCAAGGAGCUCUGUGUGCUUCUAGAUGAGGAGAAGGGUGCAGGCUGCGCGGGCAGCCGCUGCUCCAUCGACAGCCAGGCCAGCCUGUGCCAACUCACAGCCUCCACCACACCCUACGUGCGGGAUGUGGGUGACGGCAGCAGCACCUCCAGCACUGGCAGCACUGACAGCCCGGACCACCACAAGCACCACGCGAGCAGUGGCAGCCCGGAGCACCUGCAGAAGCCCCGGAGCGAGGGCAGCCCAGAGCACUCCAAGCACAGGAGCGCCAGCCCCGAGCAUCCACAGAAACCCAGGGCCUGUGGGACCCCAGAUCACCCCAAAGCACUCAAAGGACCUAGCCCGGAGCACCACAAACCCUUGUGCAAGGGCAGCCCCGAACAGCAAAGGCACCCGCAUCCAGGGAGCAGCCCCGAAACACUGCCUAAGCACGUGCUGAGUGGGAGCCCGGAACACUUCCAGAAGCACCGGUCAGGGAGCAGCCCUGAACACGCCAGGCACAGUGGAGGGAGCCCAGAGCAUCUUCAGAAACACGCCCUCGGGGGGAGCCUAGAGCAUCUUCCCAGAGCCAGGGGCACCAGCCCGGAGCACCUCAAACAACAUUAUGGAGGGAGCCCUGAUCACAAACACGGAGGAGGCGGUGGAGGAGGUGGAGGCAGUGGCGGAGGCAGCAGGGAGGGCACCCUCAGACGGCAGGCGCAGGAGGACGGGUCACCCCAUCACCGGAAUGUCUACAGUGGCAUGAACGAAUCAACCUUGUCCUAUGUUAGGCAGCUGGAGGCAAGAGUAAGACAGCUGGAGGAAGAAAAUCGCAUGCUGCCCCAGGCCAGCCAGAAUAGAAGGCAACCUCCAACUAGAAACAGCUCAAAUAUGGAGAAAGGCUGGGGGCCCAGAGCCCGGCGGGUCUUGCAGUGGUGGCAAGGGUGCCGAGGAAUAGGACGAUGCCUGCCCACUCUCCCGGGUUCUUUUAGGUUGUCAUCAGGGGCUGAUGGGAGUAACAGUUCACCCAACUCUGCAGCUAGCUUCAGUGGACAUGCCACACCUUCCCAGCAGCCUGAACCUGUGGUACAUUCUCUUAAGGUCUUGGAUGUUCAGGAAACUAUAGAUCGUCAACAGGGUAAAGAGUAUGAACAUGACCUUAGUGAGACAGAAAAAGCUAUAGUCAGAGAAAUGUGCAAUGAUGUGAAAUUGCUUAGAAAUACCCUUCAGCUUUAAAUCUAUUAGGACCAGAUUUUCUCAGACACUUACUCAUCUACCUCCUCGAGAUGUUUCUGGAAUCCAGUAAAUGUUACAUAAGUUCCCUGGGCAUUUUUUAUGUGCUAGAAUGAGAUUUGUAGUCUCUUGCUUGCCUGUGUUGUGGCCGAUUUUUCUCUUCCAACUCUUCCUACAUUAUUUGUUUUUCUUUCCUGCAUAUCUAUUGUCUGUUUUCAAAAGGUCACUAGUUCUAGAUGUCAUCUUUCCUAAAUGCACCACCAUUCACCUUCUGUAGGUUUUCAACCUGUGCUUAAGAUUUUCAGUUUGAAUAUUUCCCGCAGAUAAAUUUUAAAAAGCAAGCCACAUACCUAGGAAUGCCUGUUACUUCUCAUCUAUUGACUGUGGAAUGAGAGAGAAAGUUCAGACAAUAGGUUCAAAACUGUUGAACUAGAAGGGGCCAUAGAGGUCAUUCUCCAGUGUUUGUCCAAAGAAUAGUAUAUGGACCGCCUUCAUAAUUCAGAUCUCUGAGUUUAACAUCAGACCUCAGGCGAUUCAGAUAUGAACCCCUGGGUAAGAACCCAAACACUCUAAUUCUGUAUUUGAAGAAACUAAGAUCCAGAAAUUAAGUUACUUGCGCAAACUAUUUUCUAAUGAAUAGUGAAGUCAGGAGUACACCAAGAUUUCCUUUGAGGACCUUUCCUGAGGAACGAAAAGUGAAAAGCACGUAUCUUACAGAGGGGGCCAUCUCCAUGGUGCUUAAUGCCAGAAUUUCUGCAAAAAAUUCCAGGAUUGUUUCUUUCCCUUUCCUUUCCUUCCUUUCAGUUUCUGGACAUUAGAAAAUUCGUAUCUUAGUCUCAAUAGAGACCCAUUACUGGAUUGGAUUUUGAUUAGUUUUAUGUUGAUCUUUUUGUUUGCCUGCAUUUUCAAAAAUGAAUUGAAAGGCACCAUACAGUAUUAUUUUUAUUUUUUACUAUGUAAGAUACUUUCAGAAAGCCAAAAGCUUGCCCUCCUUGUUUACCUUUAAAAGUUCUCUAGGAGUGUGCUUUCUGUCUACUUUUGUCUUCGAUCCCCAGAAUUUGAGGAAAAAAUGCAAACAAACCCAAAUCUGAUUCUUAAGCAAUUUUAUAUAUUUGGAAACAAUCAAAAAAUUUUAUUGUCACCAUUAUUAAUUAUAUGAUCAAAAACACAUAGUAAAUGCCACAGAAUAAAGAAAAAUGCAGCUUGUAAAGCAGUUGCAUGGAUAAAUUGUGAAACUAGUGAAAAUUAUGAAGGCUUGGUUUCUAGUAGAGAAAUUAUAUGCCUUUAUAAUAAUGUCACAGAAAAAUAAAGCUUUCUCAUAAUAUGAGAUGGGUUAUAAGACUCAGAUAGAACUUGAUAGAAGUUUUGCUGUUGUUUCUAGUAUUGCUCCUAGAGAUAAGAUGUUGUUGACAUCUACACAGCAAAAAGAUUAUUAUUCAUAUUACCUUAUGUGGGUUAGUAUGUAGUUAGCUAUUCUCUUCCCAAACUGUGCUACAGAAAUUAAUAUACUGCCCCCUAAGAAAUAGUAAAUCUGUCUUUUUGUAGUAGUUGUUUUAUUUUAGGUUUGUCUGUCUGGCUCUUGUAAAUUCCCUGAGGACAAUUGAAAUACUUGAUUGGUCAUCUCAGUCACAGUCUCAAACACACACCUGUUAUGCCUUUUUUAGUUAAUAAGUCACUACUCCCGUGUCAACCUUAGUAUUGUUGGUUUAUUUCAAAGUUCUGCCUUCUUUAAGAGUUUCCUUUCACCACAUAGUUAUAUCUGGGGUAAGCUCAUUGCAUUCUACAUUUCAGUAUUUGAAGAGGAGUUGCACUUUUGAGUUGUAAUCAUCUGGUGCUGGUGUCUGUUAUCCUUGUAAGGUCCUUAAGUCUACCCUCUGCUUCUAAACCACACAUUCAAAGCAUUCUGGAUAGAUGUAAUUAUAUUUAAGGGCUAGAAAAGGAAAGUCCAUAGCAUCCUUUGGCUCCUUGAUUCAGUGUUUGUCUCGUGUCAAUUUAUUAAGAAAUGAGACUUUCCUAACCCUAUGUGUUAUCCACAUAGCUUGAGCCAUCCAUUGCUAUGUAUUAAUAAUUCCUUUCCAGAUAUUUAAGAACCCUAACUUCAGCUCCUUUUGAGUACAACAAGAUAUUUAUCCCAUGUAUUGGUAUAUGCUGAAAUAUUGAGAUUAAUAGUUUCUUUGGCUUGGAAAUGAAGGUAAACAGAACCCUAUAUUGUGUAUUACUGUUAAUGAUAUUGGGGUUUCCCUGUAGUAUCCACUUCUAUUUAAAAGCAAAAACAAAACCAAACAAAAGGAACAGUUGUGAAUAAUUAAUGAACAAACUAGUUUUAUGUUAAUGUUAGAGUAUUGUAAAGUUUUGUGCAAUCAAUCAAUCUGACCAUAAUCCCUUGCGUGAAAUAGUCUGGGAGGGUAUGGCUGUUACUGUGCAUGUGCACAUACAUGCAUGUGCAUGUGUGUGUAUUCCAAUCAAUGUUAGUGUAUUGAUACAUUAUUGGCAAAUUCAGUAGUUUUACAUUUAUGCUUACAUUAUUCUUGGUCUCGCCUUCUGUUUCUCUGUGUGGCCCAGCUUCUAACAUAUUGUAAUUGUAUCUCUUUCAGUGAUUUUGAAUUUAUUCUUAUCAUCUUCCUACAUUUGGAUGCUUUCUGUUUUGGAAAUCCGAGAGAUCAUAUUGCUUGGUAGCUAAGAUUUGUGACAACUGAUGACCCCACUCUGUAGAAAAAGCCAGAGAAAUUUACUAGUGGCCCUAAGACUACCACCUCAGGACUUAAAUAGCUCAAUAACAAAAGCGCCUUCAUUUUCUCAGCUCAUUAAAUACUGAUAUCCUUUGUUAUGGGUGUAUAAUAUAGGAACCAGGAUGAUCUUGCUAAGGUGUUCUUAAUUCUGGCUACACAUUAGAAUUACUUUUAGGGCUUUUUUAAAAAGCGCAGUCGUCCAUGCCUCGCUUCUGCCGGUGAAAUCAGAAUCUUCGAGGAUGGGGAUUAGUGUUUAAGGAGCUCCUCAAGUGCUUAGUGUGCAGUCAGAGUUGGGGACCACUUAUGUAACUAAAGUAAGUUAAUAUAUCAUUUUAAAAUUCUGACCCUGGUUACUAACAAGGUUUAGUAGUCCCAACUACUAAGUAGUUCUUUUGUUUUAAGAAGCUUGUCAUCACAUUUUAUUUUGUAUUUGAACUCAUUCAUGUGGAUAUUUUGUCUCUUGUCUUUACUUCAUCUUUGCUCCUCUCUUAAUUUACCCUUAAGAAACGCAAAUCUCCUUGUGGAAGAGGA